AUGGGGGAUUGGACUCUCCUGGGGAAUUUCCUAGAGGAGGUCCAGGAACACUCCACCUCGGUCGGGAAGGUCUGGCUCACCAUCCUCUUCAUCUUUCGCAUCCUGGUGCUGGGGACGGCGGCGGAGUCCUCCUGGGGCGACGAGCAGAGCGAUUUCCUGUGCGACACGCAGCAGCCCGGCUGCACCAACGUGUGCUACGACAGCGCCUUCCCCAUCGCCCACAUCCGCUACUGGGUGCUGCAGAUCGUCUUCGUGUCCACGCCGUCCCUCAUCUACAUGGGCCACGCCAUGCACAUAGUGCGCAGGGACGAGAAGCAACGGAGGGUGGAGCAGGAGGAGAGGGAGGCCAGGGGGGACGGAGAAGGGGACCUCAAAGGGGAGAAGGAGUACCUCCAGCAGAAGGAGAGCGGAAAACAGAGGACCUCAGACGGGGCCGGCCGCGUGCGGCUGAAGGGAGCCCUGCUGCAGACCUACAUCCUGAGCAUCCUCAUCCGGACGGUGAUGGAGGUGACUUUCAUCGUGGUGCAGUAUCUGAUCUAUGGGGUGUUCCUCAAGGCUCUGUACCACUGCAAGGCCUGGCCCUGCCCCAACCCCGUCAACUGCUACAUGUCCCGGCCCACGGAGAAGAACGUUUUCAUCGUCUUCAUGCUGGUGGUGGCCGGCGUGUCUCUGCUGCUCUCCGUGCUGGAGCUUUACCACCUUGGCUGGAAGAGCUUUAAGAGGUGUGUGAACAAGAAGAUGGAGCGGAAGAAGGCAGAGGGAGCAGCGGCGGCGGCGGCAGGCCUGGAGGCCGGCGAUCCGAGACGAGCGUCCGCCUCCUGCACCCCGCCUCCGGACUUCAGCCAGUGCCUGACGGCCCAGAACUCCAUGAGCCCGCUGACCUCUAUGGCCUCUCAUCCCUUCAACACCAGGAUGGCGCUGCAGCAGAACUCAGCCAACCUGGCGACCGAGCGGCACCACAGCUGCGACAACCUGGAGGACGAGGAAGACUUCCUGAGGAUGAGAUACGAGCAGGCGCCGGCCGAGCUGCCCAGCAGCUGCUCGCCGCUGCCCCUGCUGCACGCCGGCUGCACGAAGGACAAGCGGCGCCUGAGCAAGACCAGCGGGACCAGCAGCCGGGCACGCCAAGAUGACCUGUCUGUGUAG